AUGUCACAGUAUAAUCAAGGACAGUAUGGAAGACCUCCACCAAAUAGUCAACAAAGUUACUCAGCUCCACCACCUAACACUUAUGGUCAACAACAAGUUUAUGGAGGGGGGCAACAACAACAAUAUCAUCCACCACCUCAAAGUCAAUCUAGUGUUCCUCCACCAGGAGCAGACCCCCAACUCUUUUUUUGGUUUAAAGCAGUUGAUACUGAUGGUAGUGGUUCUUUGACCACCGAAGAAUUACAGAAAGCUUUAAUCAAUGGUGAUUGGAGUCCUUUUAAUAUCGAGACUGUUCGUUUAAUGAUGAAUAUGUUUGAUACUGAUAAUACUGGUACGAUUAAUUUUCCCGAGUUCGCUGGUCUUUGGCGUUAUAUUGAAGAUUGGAAGAAAUGUUUUCAAAGAUUUGAUACCGAUGGUUCCGGUACUAUCAAUUUUACCGAAUUGAAAACUGCCUUGAAAACUUUUGGAUAUAAUUUGAGUGAUCAAUUCAUUAGCCUCUUGAUAAAGAAAUAUGACAAACGUGCUGGCACAACAGGAAAGGGAGAUGUAACUUUUGACAAUUUCGUGCAAUCUUGCGUUACCAUCAAGACACUUACAGACUCUUUUCGACGUUUCGAUACUGAUAAUGACGGUUGGAUAAUGAUUAGUUAUGAACAGUUUUUGGAAUUGGUGGUGAAUAAUCGUUAA